AACAGCUUGUCCUGAAAUCGCUUCCUCUUUUAAUUUUCCCACAACACGUCUAACUUUUUAGCGAACACGGGAGGAUUCGUGUAUUGAAUAUCGCUAUUUAUAAAACAGCGUUUAAACUCUCCUAAGGACUAAACGUUAGUAGUGAAAGCGAAACUAGCUCGGAUUUGACAUGGCAGAUAGCAGUGACGAUGAUAUUACAGACAGGCCACCUCUUCUGGAGACAGACUUAACGUGUCCUGUGUGCAAAGACAUUUUUAAGGAGCCCGAGUUGCUGUCAUGUAGUCACAGUUUCUGUAAGGUAUGUCUGGAAGGCAGCUGGAAGAAUCAAACGAAACGACAGUGCCCCAUGUGCCGAAAAUGCUGCGACGGAGAGACACCGAUCCCCAACCGCGCACUACACAACGCCUGCGUGUCCUAUAAGAAAGAGAGACACCGGAGAGGAGCUGCUACAGGUUCAGAGGAAGAACUCUGUGGUUUGCACCAGAGGCCCUUCCAGCUCUUCUGCAUUAAAGACGAGGAACCCGUGUGCGUGGAGUGCGUGACUCUUCACCCGGGACAUGAGCUGGUUCCCACCGAGCAAGGGGUGCCUUUCUGCAAGGAUGAGCUUACCAUGAAAAUCAAAAUUCUGGAAAGCAAGCUGGACUCCUUUAGAAGAAUGAAAAAAAGAUACAAAGAAACAAUCACCUUUAUUGAGGGCCAAACUAAAGAGGCAGAAAACCAAAUCAAACAGGUUGAGAGACUUCAUCAAGUCUUAAAUGAAGAGGAGAAAUCUAGACUUUUGGCUUUGAGUAGAGAAGAAGACGAAAAGAAACUAGUGGUGACUGAGAAAAUUGAAGCCAUCGGUCGUGAUAUCACAGGCCUUGCUGAACUAAUUCAGUCUGUAAAAAGGGAAAUGGGAGCUGAAGAUUUGACCUUUCUUCUGAAUUUCCAAAAGUUAAAAAGAAGAACCCAAUGGACUGGUGAGGAUCCCAGAAGGGUUAAUGGAGCCCUCAUCAACAUGGCCUUGCAUGUAGGCGCACUGGGCUACAAAAUCUGGGAGAGUAUGCAGUCUCACGUCACAUGUUUGCCUGUAAUCCUGGAUCCCAACACAGCUUCGCCAUGGCUCUCUAUAUCUCCUGAUUUUUCCAGCAUGCAAGAGAGUAGAGAAAGACAGUCUUUCCCAGACAACCCUGAGCGGUUUGAUCCCUGUGUGUUUGUACUCGGCUCAGAAGGUUUCUCCUCAGGGCGCCACCGUUGGGAGGUCAGAGUGGCCGACCACCCCAAAUGGAUCUUGGGUGUAUGCAAGGAGUCGGUAGUUCGGAAGAGGAAGUUCACUGUGACAACAACAGCAGGAGUUUGGACCAUCGGCCUGAGUAAAGGGGUCUACAACGCUCUGACCAGUCCACGCACUGUGCUCAAUUUAGAGAGAAGACCCGAAACUGUCAGGGUGAAGGUCAAUAUGGAGAAGGGAGAGGUGUCUUUCUGGGAUACAGGCAACAACAAGCAUCUGUGCACGUUUAACGAUAAGUUCACUGGAAAGCUCUUUCCUAUCUUUGGCCCAGGGCUCCAGAGCACACCAAUCACUAUCUUACCUGCUAAAGUGAACAUCCACAAACAAUAAGUACAAAGUCUAAAACGUCUGCAGUACUAUUUGAAUUUAACCAAACUGAUGUAACAUUUGGGAUUCUGUAAAAGGUCAAUCAACAGAUUUUGUAUCACAAUGAUUCAUUUUUUAUCAUAUUACUCAUUUUGUUAAGGAAAAACUUUAAUUCACAUCAAGAAACAUUUACAUUUAGUCAUUUGGCAGAUUUUUUUGUCCAAAGCAUCUUACAAUUUUGGAGACAUUGAGCAAAUUAACACAAAGAGGCAGUACACAGAGGAAGCGCUAAUUAUACAAAGGAACUGUGCUCAGAGAAUACAAUACAAGUGUAAGAAGGUGUUUUUUUUUUUGAGAGGCAAAGUGAUGAGUGUUUCUACAGGUGGUUGGUCAAGCUCACUCACCUGUUUGAAGCACACUUCAUAAAUGCAUGAUGGUUUUUGCGUGGGUGUGUGUAAGAACGUACCUUGUGCGAAUGUGAACCAAAAACUGGUUCGGUGUCAGUUAAAGUGUCAGAGUGUUUUCUACAGGUGGUUUGUAGAGCACACUCAGUUUGGGUGGGGGGAGUUUUUAGUUGUCACAUUUGGAUGAUACCAGUGAAUCCGCAGUCUGAGCGGGAAUGGGAAGAUCAUUCCACCAGUAUGGAACAUUGAAUGAACAGGUUUUGGAAAGUGACUUUGCAAUGGUACCACAACUUACCGACGGGACAACUAUGCUGAUAACAAUGCUGAUUAGGAUGUAGUUUAAGAAAUCAUUGUAGUGAAAUAUAGCAGUAAUAUUGAAAAUAACACCACAGUAGCAACACAGGGGGAAUUAUAUCAUGGCAAUCACUUUUAACACAUGAUUCUGGACCACAAAACCUUAAGAUGCACUGGUAAUAGCCAAAAUACAUUGUAGGAGUCAACCUUAUUUUAAUUUCAUGCCAAAAACCAGUAGAAUAUUAAGAUCAUCUUUCCGGCAUCUUCCCUAAUUUUUGUUAUUUAUGUAAAUUUAUUUUUAGAAAUAUAUCAAAACUUUGUUUUUACGUAAUAUGCAUUGCUUAGAAUUUAAUUUGGACAACUUUAAAAGAGAUUUUCUCAAUAUUUACACUAUUAAACCCUCAGAUUCCAGAUUUUCACGUAGUUGCAUCUCAGCCAAACAAACCAUCAAUCAAUGGAAAUAUUGUUUAUUCAGCUUCAGGUUAUUUACAUUUUUCAAAAAUUACCUUUUUUCCUGUUUUUUUUUUUUGUCCAAAGUCACAUUUUCUGCAGCUGAUAUAUGGUAAAACACUGAGAGCUGAUCAUAAUCCACCCUAGCUGAAAGAGUUUGAACAAUUAAGGCUACAAAAGACAUAACUGCAAUGUCCACUUUUGAUAAAUGGAACAAUUAUAAUAGUUAUUUUUUUUUUCUUUCUGUGUUAGAGACGUUAUGAUGAGAAUUGAAUCACUGAAAGUGAAUUCCAGACAUGUUGAAUCAAUGGUUUGCAUUGGGAAAAUCACUUGCUGCUAACCUUUUCUGUUUUGUCUAAUUUUACAAAUUCUUGAAUCUGACAAUCUAAUUCUAAAAACCCUAAAGGCAAUUUAAUGACUGUAAAAUUGUAAUGUGAUCAGCUUUAUUGUAGAUUUAAAAAAUUGUAAGUGCUUUUAUAACUUAAGAAACUUCAAAUCCUUAAAAAGCCUAUCCCUUCUCUUCCCUUCUCUCUGUGUGUGUGUGUUUGUGUGUUUGUGUGUUUGUGUGUGUGUGUGUGUGUGUGUGUGUGUAGGAUUGGAAAUGUAUUUUAAGUGGAAGUUAAAAAAAAAAUCAAUGGUGAACAGAUAUUGUCAUACUAUCUUUUUUGCUUCUACAACACUAUUGAUUAAGUAAAUAAAGUCUCAAUCACAUUCAAAUCUUACACCUUGCUAUACUGCUGCUAAAUGACAAUGUCAACACAAAUCUGAAACACUGAAAUUCUAACCUAUAUGAAUACUGCAUUUAUAGUCAAAUGACAAUAACAGUACAACACUUCUUUUACAAAUAUUCUCUCCAUUUGAACCAUUCUUGAGUCUUGAUUUGUUUUGUUAAAGCAACUUCUAUUUUUUAUUGCAUGCCAGGUAUGUUUAUUUACAAAAAUGUAAAGCCAAAUUUUCAUGAAUAAUAACAAUAAAUGAU